AUGGUCGUCUACUCGUUCUACAUCUUCGACAGGCACACCGAGUGCAUCUACUCCAAGUCCUGGCUGCCCCCUUCCCACGCCUCCUCCUCCUCCUCCUCCUCCGGCCCGACCAAUGUCACAACCACGACCGGCACCGGCACCGCGACCGCAGCAGCAGCAGCAGCCGGGGCGGCGGCGGGGCAGACGGCCAGCGGCGCGCGCAAAAAGUCCGCCGCGGACGACGCCAAGCUGAUCUUCGGCACCGUCUUCUCGCUGCGCAACAUGGUGCGCAAGCUGGGCGGCGACGACGACGCCUUCGUCGCCUACCGCACCGCCCACUACAAGCUGCACUACUACGAGACGGCGAGCAACCUGCGGAUGGUCAUGCUGACCGACCCGGCCACGCUGAGCAUGCGCAAUGUGCUGCACCAGAUCUACAUCAACCUGUGGGUUGAGUACGUGGUCAAGAAUCCGCUCUCGCCGGUCGAGCACAAGGGCGGCGCCGGCGUGCGGAACGAGCUGUUCGAGCUGGGGCUGGAUCAGUUCGUGAGAGGGUUGAUGUGA